CUAGUGUGAAUCAAGACUCGGUGCUGUGAGAAUCAAAAUGUCGCGCAUAUGCUCGAUCGCUUUGAUUUGUCUAGCAGCGGCAACGACAGUGGCAGCUGAAGCUGCUGCCGAUCCACUGAUAGUCGAGCUGCCAAAUGGAAAAGUUCGCGGUCGCGAUAACGAAGGCUACUACAGCUACGAGUCGAUACCCUAUGCGGAGCCACCUGUGGGCGAGCUGCGCUUCGAGGCACCUCAGCCCUAUGCUCAGCAGUGGAGCGAAGUGUUUGACGCUACCUCGCCGCCCGCCUACUGCAUGCAGUGGAAUCAGUUUGCCGAGGGCGCAGAUAAGCUAGUGGGCGUCGAGGACUGUCUAACUGUGAGCGUGUACAAGCCCAAGAACUCGAGUCGCAGCUCGUUUCCGGUUCUCGUCAACAUCCACGGCGGCGCCUUCAUGUUCGGUGCACCCGUGGAACAUGGUCAUGAGCCGGUGAUGGCCAGUGGAAAUCUGAUUGUCGUUAAGAUCACCUAUCGACUGGGUCCGAUGGGUUUCCUGAGCACAGGCGACGCCUCAUUGUCGGGAAACUUUGGACUCAAGGAUCAGCGCUUGGCGCUGCGCUGGAUCAAGCAAAACAUUGCUCGCUUUGGUGGAGAGCCAGAGAAUAUUCUAGUGCUUGGUCACUCAGCCGGCGGUGCUUCGGUACACCUACAGUUGCUGCAGGAGGACUUCAGCCAGUUGGCAAAGGUGGCCGUAGCACUUAGUGGAAAUGCCCUGGACCCCUGGGUGGUGCAGCAAGGAGCGCGUCGACGCGCCUUCGAAAUGGGUCGCAUCGUGGGAUGCGGCUUGCUAAGUGACUCUGUGGAGCUCAAAAAGUGUCUACAGUCCAAGGAUGCCUCAGAGAUAGUCCGAGCUGUGCGUCAGUUCCUCGUCUAUGACUAUGUGCCCUUUGCUCCAUUUGCACCGGUGGUGGAGAGCGAGGAUGCAGCGGAGCCCUUCAUUACUCAGCACCCUAUUGAGAUAAUCAAGAGUGGAAAGUUCGCCCAAGUGCCCUGGCUAACCACCUACACCCAGGAAGAUGGCACCUACAACGCUGCUCUCUUGAUGGCCAAGCAGCUCAACGGCGCAGAGUUCAUUGAGGAGCUCAACAGCCGCUGGUACGAGCUGGCGCCCCACUUCCUCUUCUAUCGUGACUCUAAGAAGACUAUCGACGAAAUGGACGACUUCUCACGCGAUCUGCGACAGCAGUACCUGGGCAACCGCAACUUCAGCGCGGAGAGCUACCUGGACGUGCAGCGCAUAUUCACAGAUAUACUGUUCAGGAACGACACCCUACGAUCCGUAGAUCUGCAUCGCAAGCAUGGCACGAGUCCCGUUUAUGGCUACGUCUACGAUAAUCCAACAUCUCGGGGCAGCGCUCAAGUUUUGUCCCAACGAGAUGACUUUUCUUUUGGCACAGGCCAUGGCGAUGAUUAUGCUCUGGUAUUUGAGAAGGCCGUCACUCGACCCCGCCCUGACGAGAAGAUAAUCUCCAAGAAUUUUAUUCGCCUGCUGGAAGACUUCGCUCAAAGCGACAGCGGCGCCUUGACGUAUGACAAUUGUGUAUUUCCCAAUAAUAUUGACCAGGAGCAGCUGCAAUUUAUUUUAAUUAAGAGCAACAGCUGUGAAGUCCUGAACCUAGAUCCAAUUAGUUAGCGAAGU